AUGAGUCAAUUGAAAUAUAUCUUGGACAUUGAAGGUACGGUUUGCCCUAUCUCAUUUGUUAAAGACACGCUAUACCCUUUUUUCUUGAAACAGGUGGAAUCUCUUGUCAAGACUAAUGACCCUACUUUGCAGAACUUACUUGCCCAAUUUCCUGUCCCACAAGAUGCUUCUUCUUUGCAUGAACAUAUUGAAUCGCUAGUUAAUAACGACAUCAAGGAUUCCGUGUUGAAGCAAUUACAAGGGUAUAUUUGGGAGCAGGGUUACAAGAGUGGUGAGAUCAAGGCGCCAGUGUAUCCAGAUGCAAUUGAUUUCAUUCAGAGACAUGCUCCUAAUGUUUACAUAUACUCCUCAGGGUCAGUAAAGGCGCAAAUACUCUUGUUCCAACACGUAGAAGGGGACAUCGAUUUAACGAAAUCCAUUGCUGGCUACUUCGACAUUAACACGUCCGGUAAGAAAACUGAACCUCAAUCUUACACCAAUAUUCUCAAAAGCAUUGGAGUGCCUCCAUCAUCAGCAAGUGAUGUUGUGUUUAUUAGCGACAAUGACAAGGAGUUAGACGCAGCUUUGGAUGUAGGCAUCAGCACCAUCUUGGCAUUGAGGCCUGGAAACAACCCGGUAUCUAAUGCAGAAAAAUAUAAAGCGCUUAAUAACUUCUCAUCUAUAUAA